AAAGCCGUGAUCCAUCCGAAUAAACGGCAGACUGUCAUCCCUGCCAAAAUCUGAGCUCGCGUCCGCAGAGGUCCAUGGCGUCCAAGUCCGUCGAGCUGCGCAUGACGCUGCUGGGCGUGGCCCUGCUAGGGCUGCUGCUGCUGAGCCAGCACGCGGCGCCCGUCGAUGCUGCCGAGAGCGACGGCCCCAGAAAGGAAAAGACUAGCUUCAGCAUGAACGUCGUCGGCGGCCGCACUCUCAGCAGCUUCAGCAUGAACUCCGCAUACAGCGAGAAGAAGCCCAGCAGCAAGGGCGCAAGCGCAACUGAUCCCGCACACGGGUGAUGUUCCACAUCCAUGCCUAUAGGCCACUCACCUCACCACGCAGCGUUACCGGCCGUACUACUAUAUCUACAUACGACCGUGGGACAACGUCGACCGGAGCUCGAUCGGCGCAGUUGCCGCAUGGGCGUGGCUGUCAAAGUUCCUUUGUUUCUUUCUUGAUUUGUGCUUGCGUUGGGUUCGGUGUUCCACUUUCUUUUUAUGUGAUUAUUAAUCUUGUUUUCAGAUGCAUGUACGCAUGUAUGUGCCGGCACCAUUUGGUCUUGUGUUAAGUUUAUUCUUGGAUUCCAAUCUCUAGUGUAGGGUCGUUUGGUUUGUGUGUGCAUGUUGUACUCAUACCAACUUCUGUCUUUACAUCAGUAUUUAUUAAGAAAUAGCAAUGUGACCUAUCCAAA